AUGUCAACGACAUUGACGAAGAAACAGCAGAAGCUAGCUGCAUUCAGAAACAAGCAGAAAGCCAAGAAGUCAGGUGCGGGAGCGAAAGACGUCGAUCAGCCGGAUGUACCGGAACAAGAUCUGAUGGAUGAUGAUGAAGAUGCGGCCGAGGAUGCUGUGGUAGUAUCACAACCUAGUGAGAAGGAGAAAGCGAAGGAUAAAGUUGAUGAAGGAGUGGCAGUGGAAGACGAAGAGGAAGAGCCCAAGAAAGUAGAUAAGGGAAAAAAGAAGAAAACCGCCUGGGAUGAUGAAGAGGAGGAUGGUGAAAAGAAGAGGACUAAGAAAGAUGUGAAGCAGAGGUUCAUCCUUUUUGUUGGUAAUCUCAGUUUCAAAACCACCAAAGAAGAGAUCCAAGAACACUUCGCUCCCACCCUCGGAUCGACCCCCUCAGUCAGAUUACUCACUACGAAACCCACUCCUCAAAAUCCUAAACCGAAAUCUCGUGGAAUAGCAUUCUUGGAACUACCCACAUCGGCUGCUAUGCAAUUAGCUUUGAAGUUGCAUCACUCGAAUUUGAAGGGCAGGACGAUCAACGUGGAGUUGACUGCUGGUGGAGGCGGACAGAGCGAGAGUAGGAAGAGGAAGAUUGAAGAGAGGAAUAAUCGAGUGGGGGCCCAAAGGGAGAGGAAAGCUGAGAAGGAGCAGGAAGAAGCUGGAGAAGGAGUCGAGGGAGAGGAGCAAGGUGAUGGAGGAGAAGAGAAGAAGGAUGGUAAGACUAAGACUAGGGGAGGUAGAAGGGUCAAAUCAAAGACCAAGCCCACCGACGGAUCCGCUCCUCCUGCCAAAAAGCCUCGUUCAGAUCCCUCUGACCCCAACGCACCCCUAUCGGGCUGGGCAUCGCGACAAGCAGGUACAGUCUCCGCUUCACCAUCUUUCAACUCCUCCAGACCACCUCGAAGAGAUUUCAACAAUAAUAAUCGGAGACAUCAGAAUGGUGGUGGUGCGGCAGGAGGUAAAUUCCAGAAGAAGAAAUGGACUCCUACAGGUGCUAAUGCCCAACCUGUUGGGUAA